AUGGUACCAUUACGAGUCGACAUCAGCGAAAGCAUAAAUUCCAGGCGAGUCUACCGAUCGCCUCGUCGACGAUUCCGUUCUUGUACUGCUGAAUUACGUAGAAGUGAGAACAUCUUGAGCUGCUUGUUACCAGAGCUUGAACUUCAGGUGGUGCACUUUUUCGAUCAAUCCCAGUCACUUCCGCCAUUUUUCCGGGCCCUUGAUAACUCUUAUCGAGUUCCAACACCU